UACAAAAAAUUCAACUUGCACAGUUGCUCUCAUCCUGAACAUGUCUGUUUCGCUUGACUCUCCAGAACAGACCACUAACCCAUUUCCUCGUUUCCUCAACAGCAUUUCCUCCUAUGAUGGCAAUGUAAUGCUAGCCGCCGUCAUAUCUUUGCUUCUUGUUAUCCUUUUUGUGCUGCUACUCCAUGUCUAUGCCAAAUGGUUCUUGGCUCAAGCUCGCCAACGAGGUCGAUCUAAUUCCAUGUCUGUAUCUCACGUCUUCCGCCCUGAUCGAUUCCGCCAUUUCCAUACAUUCACAUUCGACACCACCUUUCCGAGCUCCCCAUCAAAGGGACUCGAUCCCUCUGUCGUUUCAUCUAUUCCAUUGUUUGUUUACAAAAUGGAAGAAUACAAGCAUGGUUUAGAGUGUGUUAUUUGUUUAAGCCCAUUUGAGGACAAUGAUAUCGGGAGGAAUUUACCCAAGUGUGGGCAUGGUUUUCAUGUGGAUUGCAUCGACAUGUGGCUGCAGUCUCACUCAAAUUGCCCCAUUUGCAGAACUCCUUUGUUGAGUAAUGAUAAGGUUUCAGUUGUUACUUCAGCAGAUUCUCAAGUGAGUUCUUUGGAGAGAGUGGGAGCAUUAUUGAAUGUUGAGGUGGGAGUGACUGAUGGGAACUCUAGAUUGGACAAUCUAACUGAUUUAUCCGAUUCUGGUAAUAAUCAAAUUGCGGCUGCCAAUGAUAAUCCUCUUUCAGCAUCCUUUUCUUCCUCGACUCUAUCAUCUUCCCUUGGUUGCUCUUUGAAGAGAAUGUUGAGCAGGAACAGAUCAGAGCGCAAAGUUUUUCCCACAUCCAACUCCAGUGAGCUUGAAGUUUGAGAAAGACAAAG